AAUGGUUUUGGAGUGAGAAAAAAGAAUAGUCGUGCGCUGUAGAAAUGGUGUUGCCGGCGAGGUGACCCAAUGGUUGAAAAUCAAUAAGUGACUACCAGUGCGACGCACGUGUUGGUGAAUUAGCCAAGGGGGAGGGUCAUUGUCUUUUCAUAUUCAUACAUUUUAUAUGUACAUACAUAUGUGUACGUUGGUAUAUCAGUGUUGUAUGGAGCACGCGUGAGAGAGUCACUAAAGGCUGAUUGCCCGACCAUUCGCUUGACUCAUCGAAAGUUUGGAAACUGAAAAGCACGGCAUCGCAUUUGACGCUGUGUUCUCUGGCAUUUGUUAUUGGUGUGGUGUUUGCUUUUGCAAACAUGAUCGUGAAGGGCAAAAGAGCAAAAUAAAAUGGGAUUUUAUAUGACUUUUUUUAAAUAAAAAAGUAUUAUAAAAAGUUUUGUCUUGCUAUAGAAACGUUUUGCGGCAGAAUUGGUUGAAGAGUCGAAAGUGUUGGCAGCAGGCUUGGCAGUAUUGGCAGUAUUGGCAGUUAGUAACACAGUCAACACGGCAUAUUUUGCAACUUUCGAUAAAACAAACAGUGAGUUGACAAAAACGUCUGGAGCGUAUGCAGUAACUCAAACACCAGAACACUGUCAUUUAUAUUAACAAAACGGGCAACAAAGUCGGUAGUGACAUCCUUAGACGGAACAAUAUAAAUAUGUAUAAACAAACGUGUACGAAUCUGUUAGAGCAACCGCCGGAGAAGGUUAAGGAAUGGUUGAACGGUUUCGACGCGGUCAUCACCGAUUGCGAUGGUGUCCUCUGGGUAUACAGCAAUGUCAUAGAAGGCGCCGUCGAUGCAAUGAAUCGCUUCAAAACGAUUGGCAAAAAGAUUUUCUUUUGCACCAACAACUCAACGAAAACUCGCCAACAAUUGCUCGAGAAAUCACAUAGCAUGGGUUUUGAUAUCACCGCCGAAGGAAUGAUCUCCUCUGCGCAUUCAACGGCCGCAUACCUGAAAGCGCGCAAUUUCCAAAAAAAAGUUUAUGUGAUAGGCGCUGGCGGCAUAACAGGCGAACUUGACGCUGUGGGUAUCAAGCAUAGUGAAAUCGGGCCCGAUGUAAUGACAAGCACACUGGCCGAUUAUCUGGCGACAAGCUUUCGUAAGGAUCCCGAGAUUGGUGCUGUGGUUGUGGGCUUCGAUGAACAUUUCAGUUUCUGUAAAAUGAUCAAAGCCGCUUCAUAUCUCGAUAAUCCUGAAUGUCUGUUCAUUGCUACAAAUACGGAUGAACGUUUUCCUAUGCCUGGUAUGGUGAUACCCGGUUCGGGCAGUUUUGUGCGCGCAGUGCAGACAUGUGCCGAACGUGAGCCCUUCGUGAUUGGCAAGCCAAACCCGAGCAUUUGUGAAUGGUUGAUAAAUGAGGGUACCAUCGACCCAGCACGCACCCUAAUGAUUGGUGAUCGUUGCAACACUGAUAUACUUUUGGGCUAUAAUUGUGGUUUCCAAACGCUGCUUGUCGGCACUGGUAUACACAAGUUGAACGAUGUCGAAGCGUGGAAGAAUUCGGAUGAUCCUGAACAAAAGAAGCUCAUACCCGAUGUGUUUCUACCGAAAUUGGGUGAUUUGCUGUCAUUUAUGUAGUGUUAGUUCUAGGCAGAACAGGGAUAACAAAAAAAAAAAAAAUAUAUAUAUAUAAAGCUGAAGCACACAAAAUUACAUCAAAUAUUUAAUUUUACUUUUACUUUUGGUUUCGUAAUCAACUUAGCUUACUUUUUCUAAAUUAUAUUACUAAUCAUAAUAAAUUUGUAUACUUAAAAACUUUAAUAUAUUUACACGCAUACCAACGUAACUGUAUUGUAAAUUGAUGUUUUACAUUGCUGUCGUCCCACAACAUUCUUUUGUACAAAUAGUGUUAUGGAAGAUCAACUACAAAAACAAAACAAAAAAUAAAUAAACAAAUAAAAAUUUUGUAAAAAACUA